ACCUCCGGAAUCCAGACAAAGACAAAGGCGUGAAAAUUCCUGGUGACAUCGUUCCUUCUUGUUGAUGAUGUAUUGUUCUGCCGUGUGGGGUCUUUACUUUCACCAUUGCUAAAGUUUAUACCUCAACAUCAUCUUUCCUCUUUCUCUGCGGAAUCCCUUCGUUGUUGAUCUUGAUCUGUUAAGAGAGAGAUUGAUUGAUGGAAAAAGUGAAGAAUUUGUUGGGCGUAAAACCGAACCCUCAGCAGUUGCUUAGGGAUUGGCAAAGGCGCCUUCGUCAAGAGAGUCGUAAUAUUGAGCGCCAAAUCCGAGAUAUUCAAAGGGAAGAGAAGACUGUACAGAAGGCAAUUAGAGAAGCUGCCAAGAGAAAUGAUAUGGGUUCUGCAAAGGCACUUGCGAAGGAAAUUGUGAUGUCAAGAAAAACUGUCAACCGUCUUUAUGAGAAUAAAGCUCAACUAAAUUCAGUAUCGAUGCACCUCGGCGAAAGUGUUGCUGUUGCUCGUACAGUGGGCCAUUUGCAAAAGAGUGCAGAGGUGAUGAAACUUGUCAAUAACCUCAUCAAAGCUCCACAAAUCGCUGUUACAAUGCAAGAAUUCAGCAAAGAGAUGACCAAGGCUGGGAUAAUUGAAGAGUUUGUUAAUGAGGCUGUUGACGGUGCGUUGGAUUCUGAAGACAUAGAAGAGGAAACAGAGGAAGAGGUUGACAAAGUUUUGACAGAGUUGGCCAGUGAGACUGCUGCACAGCUUCCCGUGGCGGCAAGGAAAGAAAAGAUCAAAGCACCUGCACAGAGCACGAGCGUACAGGAUGAGGAGCCAGUUGCUGAAGGUAUAGAUGACGAGGAAGAAAUGGAGGAAAUAAGGGCACGUCUAGCCAAAGUCAGAUCAUAAAAUAUCAAUCUUGCCAAGAAUUGGUACUGUAGACGUGCUUGCAUGUAGAGAGAUUUGGUUGCAAGGAGACAAUGGUAAUGUAACCUCCAAAUCGUGUAACAUUAUUUCAGAUUACUUGAUCUUGGAACCUAAUUUCCUUCUCUGGCCUAUGCUAACAUAAUGAUAGACAAGCUAAUAGGUUCUUCAGAUCGAUUCAUCACAUUUUUCAGUGUUUUAUACCAAACUUUGAUGUAAAUAGUAUGGAACUCAGCUUUUGCGUAAUGAAUUCGGUCUUUUGCAA